AUGCUGAGCUCAGUGUGCGUCUCCUCUUUCCGCGGGCGCAAGUCUGGGAACAAGCCGCCGUCCAAGUCAUGUUUGAAAGGGGAGAUGGGCCGGAACGAAGACAACGACAAGAUCGUCAUCAACGUGGGCGGCAUCCGGCAUGAGACUUACCGCAGCACCCUCAAGACCCUGCCGGGCACGCGGUUGUCCUGGCUCACUGAGCCGGACGCCUGCAGCAACUUCGACUACGACCCCAAAGCCGACGAGUUCUUCUUCGACCGGCACCCGCAGGUCUUCGCCUACGUGCUCAACUACUACCGCACCGGGAAGCUCCACUGCCCCGCCGACGUCUGCGGACCGCUCUUCGAGGAAGAGCUGGCUUUCUGGGGCAUCGAUGAGACAGACGUGGAAGCCUGCUGCUGGAUGAACUACCGGCAGCACCGCGACGCCGAGGAAGCCCUGGACAGCUUCGAGACCCCCGAGAGCCAGGAAGAUGAGGACAGCGGCGACCUCAAGCGCCUCUGCCUGCAAGAGGACGGGCGCAAGCUUGGCUGGUGGUCCAGCUGGCAGCCCAAGGUCUGGGCGCUCUUCGAAGACCCCUACUCCUCCAAGAUGGCCCGGUAUGUGGCCUUUGCCUCCCUCUUCUUCAUCCUCAUCUCCAUCACCACUUUCUGCUUAGAGACCCAUGAGGCUUUCAACCACUUCAAAAACAAGACAGAAAUCAUAAAGACGGGGAACAGUACCAGCAUAAAGGUGGACUAUGAAAUGGAAACAGAACCCUUCCUCACCUAUGUGGAAGGGAUGUGCGUCAUCUGGUUCACCUUUGAGUUCCUCAUCCGGGUCAUCUUUUGCCCAGACAAAAUGGAAUUCAUCAAGAGCACCCUCAACAUCAUCGACUUUGUGGCCAUCCUGCCCUUCUACCUGGAAGUGGGUCUCAGUGGCCUCUCAUCCAAAGCAGCCAAGGAUGUGUUGGGCUUCCUGAGGGUGGUAAGAUUUGUCCGGAUCCUAAGGAUCUUCAAGCUGACCCGGCAUUUCGUAGGGCUGAGAGUCCUAGGUCACACGCUGAGGGCCAGCACCAAUGAGUUCUUGCUCCUCAUCAUCUUCUUGGCCCUAGGGGUCUUGAUCUUUGCCACCAUGAUCUAUUAUGCUGAAAGGAUCGGUGCUGACCCAGACGACAUAACGGGCAGCAAGCACACCGUCUUCAAGAACAUCCCCAUUGGGUUUUGGUGGGCUGUAGUGACCAUGACGACUUUGGGCUAUGGUGAUAUGUAUCCUGAGACUUGGUCAGGCAUGUUGGUGGGAGCACUGUGUGCCUUGGCUGGUGUGUUGACCAUUGCCAUGCCUGUGCCAGUCAUCGUCAACAAUUUUGGCAUGUAUUAUUCGCUGGCUAUGGCCAAGCAGAAACUACCAAAGAAAAAGAACAAGCACAUCCCACGAGCCCCCCAACCUGGCUCACCCAACUACUGCAAACCGGACAUGCAGUCCCCACAUCGCAGCAACCAGGGUGACUCAUGCCCCUUGGCUCAAGAGGAGAUAAUCGAGAUUAAUCGGGCAGAUUCUAAGCAGAAUGGUGAUGCAGCAAACGCAGCUCUGGCUAAUGAAGACUGCCCCACAAUUGAUCAGGCCCUGUCACCUGAGGAGAAGUCACCUGUCACACCUGGUGGCCGAGAGCGCUAUAAUCGUGACCGAGCCUGCUUCCUCCUCUCCACAGGUGAUUUUGGGCAGUCACCUGAUGGAAACAUCCGAAAAGGCUAUGAGAAGUCCCACAGCCUGAACAGCAUUGCUGGUCUACCUCCAUCUCCAGCACCCCCUUCCUUUGGCUCACCUGGUUCCGUCCGACGUCCUCGCUCGCCCAUUCCUUCCAUACUCUAG